GCCCGGCCGCGGAGGGGGAGAGCAGAGGAGCCGAUCGGAGACUGGGACGAGGGGACUUUGCCUGAUCGCACUCGCCGCCUCCGGCCCCGACAUGAAGGCCGACAGGAAUGUGCUGAGACUGGCCGCAGUGCAGCAGCUCCGAGCUUAUGGGAUCAAAGUGAAAAACUGGAGCAGGAUCAACAAUGACCGGGUACAGGGCCGGGACAAGAAGAUAACAUCCAGUGAAGUAUUUGGCACCCCUCUGCAUGCUCUGCCACAGUGCACUGUCCUUGAACAUACUACCGUUCCUCAGUUUCUAGUUGAUGCCUGUGUCUAUUUAGGAAAGCACAUUCACACAGAGGGACUCUUCAGAAAAUCGGGAUCCGUGAUUCGUCUUAAAGCUCUAAAGGCUAAAGUGGACCAAGGUGAAAAAUGUAUUACAAUGGCGCCCCCUUGUGAUGUGGCAGGGCUGGUGAAACAGUUUUUUAGGGAACUACCUGAACCUCUGCUUCCAGCAGAAUUACAUGAAGCCUUCUUCAAGGCACAACAACUACAAAAUGAUGACAGCAUUACUGCUACAAUUCUACUAUCCUGUUUAUUGCCUGAGAGAACUGCAGAUACACUGCGUUACUUCCUGAAUUUUCUUAAAAAUGUGUCCCUCAGGUCAGAAGAUAACAAAAUGGAUGCCAGUAACCUUGCUGUAGUGAUUGCACCAAAUUUGUUCCAUUCAGGUGAAGGAAGUGAAAAAAUAACUGCACUGACCGAGAAGCAGCUCCACCUUCAAGCUGCAACUGUGCACACACUGAUUGACAAUUUUGAACACAUUGGUCGUGUUCCAGAAUUUAUCUUGGAAAAAAUUCCAGCGAUGAUUGGUGUUUGUGUAGAAUCUAGCUCACCUUCGUUAGAACAUUUGGAAGGUGGCGAUGGCUCAACACUGGAGGGGUCCAAGAGACGAAGGCGACGUAGUGUUGGAGAUAUAGUUAGUGGAGCACUAAGUAAAUUUAAAGCAAAUCGAACACCUUCUGCUACUCCUCAGCCUGACACAUCUGGAACAUCUUCAGGAACUCCAAUAAUUAUGACUCCAACAUGGAAACGAAAAAUACUAGCAGAUUCUUCACAAAGCCUGGGGUUUUCAAACAAAAAACGGCGAUCGCUAAGGCACAAUAUAGCUUUGGAAUUGUUACCCAGUGGCUUUCUGAGCCAGAAUUCUACACCAUCAUCAGAUGGGGUCAAGAAGGAUGAUGUUUAUUACCAGGCACAAUGUACUUUUGCUGAAGGUAGUCCUCAAGUGUCACUGGAGUCAUUGCAGGGCCCUCUGUCCCUCUCUGCUGGAAGUGUUAAGUUUCAGUCAACUGCAUCAGUUAAUCGGCGGAAAAGUAAAAGACUAGAAAACAAAGGGGUAGAGAGGAUGGAAUCUGGAAAAGCUAGUUGCUUUUCUCCCAAGCUUAAUCGAAAAGGAACGGUCCGCAAAUCCUUGCGCUUAAGAUUUGGCCUUGGAAAAAACAGAGACCCAAAUACAUUGUCCUCUGGAGGCCCAGCUCCAAAUGGAUCAGAAAACAUUGGCUGGCGACUUGCAAAUCAGCGUGAUGUACACAACUACAGUUGGUUCUCAGCGGAAGAUCUCCCAUUUACCCCAGUUGUUAGACACACAGGGAAAAAGGACUCGAAGCGCAUAAGUAAAUCAGAAGAAAAUCUUCUCACUCCAGCGUGCAAUAAAGAUACUCAUCGAAUGUCUUGGAAUGGUGCCAGUCCUACAGAGCCCCAAGUAAUUUGUAGCCAUCCCGAUUUAGAAACUCCAUUAGAGUGUUACCUAAAUUCUAGAAGUUAUCAAUCAGAACCAGCGCUCGUCAUCAGAAAACCACCUACCAUACCAGGGGAUUUCCGGAAACAGUGUGCAGCUCACAAAAAUGGUAGCAGAAAUAGCAGUGAUUCUUUAAGUGAGGAUGCAAACAUUGGGACCGGAGAAACAAUGUUGAAAAUUAAAAGAGCAUUUUCUGAAUCGCGAAGUAACACAUGUUCAAUUAUUGAAGACCAUAAACCACCCACUGUGAAUAAUUUGUGUAAAAGUGACUUGCUUCUCCAGCAGACUCAAAAUGUGGUUGCCCCUCAGAAACCUGAUAGCUCACUUGGUGAUCCAUCAGAUCAAAAAUGUUCCUGCUCUGAAUUGUCAUCCCUACAAGUUUCUGAAAUUAAGCAUCAAAAUGCCAAAAUAGAUUCCUGCUCAACAGACAUAAACACUACACAGGGCAUGAGCAGUAAUCUAAAUUGCAUUAGUAAUUUGCAUCAGCAAGAUGUAAAUGGAGCUGCAGUUCUACAAGACAAAAAAUUUCUACCUUUAGAUGAUGAUCAUAGUAACCUAAACAAAGCCCAAAAAUCCUUUAAGUGUGUUACAGUAUUUUCAUUCACAGAACAGCCAUAUCCUGAUCAGGUGCCAUCAAAUUAUAAAGAAUUGAAAGGACAAGAGGAAAAUAGUAAACCUGUAGAAAAUUUAACUGCGCCAAAUUCUGCAGGCACCAGUGAUGAUCAUCAUCCCUCUGAAUUGCACCAGCCUAUGUUCUUACCAAAUGAAUUGGAACCUACUUUAAAUAAGAGGGAUGACAACUUACUGUCUACAGAUGGAACUCCAGCUUUGGAAUUCCCUUCAAAGAUGCUUCCUUUGGAUGUUCCUUUGAGAAAGGUUUCAGAAGAAAUUGUGAAGAAGACUGAAUGUGGUCAUCACAAAGUGGUUGAACAUAUUCAGUGGUUCAAUAGUCUUUCAUUAAAUGAUCAGAAUCCAAAAUGCAAAACUGUCAAAUCACCUUUAAAGUUCAAACGCACCCCAGUUCGUCAGUCUAUUAAAAGGAUGAAUUCAUUAUUGUAUGGAAAUGACAAAUCAAUAGCAACUAGGACCAGAUCAUGUACAAUUGCAGUUGGCUCUCCAAUGGUUAAGUCAAUAAGUCAUAAAAGUACUCUGUCGUUUAAUCUAAAUUCAUUUUCAUUCACACAAAAUGAAGAUGUAAAGCAAAGUAAACAUAGGAGUGAUGUACGCCAAAAUAAUUUACCUGUUGAAGGAUUUCGCAAAACCAAACCAGCAGCACAAAUACAACAUUCCGCUGUCUUUAAACAAGAGCAUUUGGUUAGUCAGCAGAAGAAUUCUUUUGAUCAGAAUAUUAACCAGUCAGUUUUUGAAGAUUUGACUAAUGGGAAAAUGCCAAGAAUCCAUCAAGUUGAUUGUGUGCUGCCAGAGCAAAAUGUAAUUAUUGAAAAAAUGUCUUGUGUAACUCCAGAAAAAUCCAUUUGUAAUUCCAUGUUGCAUAAAGUUUCAGAAAAAGAGAAACAUCGUUACAAAGGUUCACCAAAGUGUCCUAUAUCAUCAGCAAAACUCACAGCUAAAGCCAUAGACCUAUAAAUAUGUGGGAUAAGAUAAUUUUGUUGUCAUUCUUCAUUGCUGCUGUUUGAUGCCUCUAAUUGCACAAGUUGAGCUCCUAAAGUUAGCUUCAACAUUGACAUUCAGGUUAUAAUUACUUGGAAUGCUGGAAUUUGAUAAAAAUUAAAAUAAGUAUCUACUGUCCAAUGUACAAUGUUGAACAAUUUUUGUACUUGGGAGUUUCUAAUAGUAUGUAUUUCAUUGUUCUGUGCUAUAAUGCAUAUGAUAUAACUGAGUUUUUGCCCUUUGCUUUGAGUGGUAUUAGACAACUAAUAAUUUUAUCGUAUUUUGUGGCGGCAGCUUUCUUGUAACUAAAAUUUGUUAUUUUCUUUAAAAAAAAAUUUUUUUUUUUUUUGAAAAUUCACUACUGAGUAAAUCUCUAAGGCUUAUUAACAUUUAACAUAGUGGAAUGAUGGAGAAUUGAAAUUCCUUUUGAAACUUAAAUGUAAAGAUUUUAACCUAAUGAAUCACCGUAAAAAUUCACCUUCCCAAUAGUGUCCAAAAUUGUUCGAGCAUGUAUAUAGCAGGUUGAUUAGCUAGGCUGGAUUUUUGUCAUGACGAUUCUAUUUAAAAAAAAUUUCUCACUGUACAUUGAAAUCUCUUCAUUCUUCCAGAAAUUCCAUUAAGCACCUUUAGUUUAUUGUACUGUAAUAUUUAAUACAGUAUAUUGUGCUUUAGCUUAUAUUCAUUUAAAAUGAACAGGAAUAUUUUAAAUUGUACUCUAUAAAUUAAGAUUAAUGUGCUUUAUGAUGAAAUACACAUGUAAAGUUGACUGUCUCAACUUAUUGCUACCAAUCCUAUUGGAUUGGGUUUGAUUUAUACUGUAAUUGUUCCAUUGAAAUCAUUGUCGGUUAAUUUGAGCAUAGAUGUAAACAGCAAGAAGUUGUUCACACAUACUCUGAAUUUUAUUUUUUUGAGCAUACGUGUAUAUGUUUACAGCAUUUGACUUCAGUGGAACAGAAUUUGAAAUAAAAUAUUCCCUUUUA